UCUUAUCAGGAUAGUGGGUUUUGCGCUUGUGCUCAGACAUUUUUUUCGAGUGAAUAUUUCUGUGUUCAACGUGAAAUUCGUUGGUUCGUGCAUUCUUUUGAAGUAAACUUGUGUGAAAUUAAGCAUUCUAUUCAAUUAAAAAAAAUAUAUAUUGAAAUAUGUUACCACCAACAAUUUAUUUCUCUGAUGCGCCACGAGGUGGUCAAAUUAUAUGUGAAAAGAAUUUUAUGUCAAAUGACAUCCAAUCGACCCGUAUAUUUCCGUCUUGUCCAGAUGAGGAAAUUGUUAUCAGUGGCACAGCUGGACGUUAUCCGAAUUGUGAAAAUGUUGAAGAGUAUCGUCAUCAUUUGUACAACAAGAUUGAUAUGACAAGUGAAGAAGAAUCGCGUUGGAGUAACAGCAUGAGUCAUGAAUUGCCAAAGCGAAAAGGAGUAUUGAAGGACAUUAGUAAAUUUGACGCCGCAUUUUUUGGCAUUCAUAGUAAGCAAGCAAAUAAUAUGGAUCCGCAAGGACGUACAAUUAUUGAAACUGCCUACGAAUCAAUUCUUGAUGCUGGCAUACAUCCGAAAUCUCUGCGCGGUACGAAAACCGGAGUCUUUGUUGCCGUUUGCUUUUCGGAAGCCGAGAAAAAUAUGGUCUUUGAACAAAUUAGUGUUGAUAGUGGUUUUGCUUUGUCUGGCUGUAGCCGAGCAAUGGUUGCCAAUCGGAUUUCUUAUUGCUUAAAUCUCACUGGGCCAUCGUUCACCAUCGAUACAGCCUGUAGUAGCUCAAUGUUUGCAAUUGAUCAAGCAUUUACCGCAUUGCGAAACGGUCAAUGUGAUAGUGCCUUGGUUUGUGGCACUAACCUAUUAUUGCAUCCAUACACUACGAUCAAUUUCUUUCGAUUGGGUAUGAUUGCAAAAGAUGGAGUUUGCCGACCAUUCGAUGAAAGUGCAGCAGGUUACACACGUUCGGAAGCAAUUUGUUCGAUAUUUUUGCAAAAAGCACGCAAUGCAAAACGUAUUUAUGCAAAACUGAUUUAUUCGGAUACAAAUUGUGAUGGUUACAAGAACGAAGGUGUUCAUUAUCCAUCGGGCGACAAACAAUAUGAUUUGAUCAACGACUUUUAUCAACAUUUAAAUAUUGAUCCAUGCACGAUUUCUUAUGUCGAAGCUCAUGGAACUGGAACCAAAGUUGGUGAUCCACAAGAGUGUAAAACUAUUGAUAAAAUCUUUUGUAAAAACCGCAAAGAGCCAUUGCUUAUUGGAUCGGUCAAAUCAAAUAUGGGUCACACAGAGGGUAGCUCGGGUAUUUGUUCCAUAACAAAGGUUAUUUUUGCAUUCGAAUCUGGAAUUGUUGCUCCAAAUUUGAAUUUCGUUAGUGUAAGAAAAGAUAUUCCCGCCCUUGUGGAAGGUCGCUUGAAAGUAUGCUCGGAACUAACACCACUUCCGGGCAAUUUAGUGGCAGUUUCUUCAUUUGGUUUUGGUGGUGCAAAUGCUCAUGUACUUCUGGGACGAUUUGAAAAAGAAAAGGUUAAUUGUGGCAUACCAAGUGAUUCGGUUCCACGAUUAGUAUUGUGGGCGGCGCGUACCAAAGAAGGUGUGGAGAAACUCUUUGAUAAUCUUGAGACAAAGCCACUCGAUGCUGAAUUUAUAUCGCUUUUACAUAACAUUCAAAAGUAUGAACAGGCUGGAUUUCUAUAUCGUGGAUAUAGCAUUUUGGAAAAGAAUGACGCCAACAAUAAUAAUACAACUGUCCAGAAAACUCGCAUUAUCGACCGUUUUGAUGCAACUAAACGGCCAAUUGUAUGGAUAUUUACUGGUAUGGGAUCACAAUGGACUGGAAUGGCCACUUCAAUGAUGCAAAUCGACUUGUAUCGUGAAACCAUUUACGAAUGCCAUGAAAUAUUGAAACCAUACGGUUUGGAUUUAAUAUCGAUCGUCACUUCCAGUGACGACACUACAUUUGAUAACAUCAUAAACUCAUUUGUUGGAAUUGCUGCAAUUCAAAUUGCAAUUGUUAACAUUCUAAGAAAACUGCAGAUACCAUUCGAUUACUGCAUCGGACACUCUGUAGGCGAACUCGGAUGUGCCUAUGCCGAUGGCAGCAUGACUGCUGAACAAAUGAUUCUGGCUGCGAUGGCACGCGGUGUAGUCAGUCUCGAAACAAAAGUUACUUACGGAUCGAUGGCUGCUGUUGGACUGAGUUACGAAGAAGUCAAAGACAUGCUACCGGAAGGCAUUGAAGUUGCUUGUCACAACAGCUGUAAUUCAGCAACAUUAUCUGGACCAAAGGAAGACGUUACAAAGUUUGUUCUACAAAUGGCGCAUGACAUCAAUUCAAGCGAAGUUCAAAAGAUAAUGCAGGAGGAGGAAAGUUUUGAAGGACGAAUGGAUAAGUGCAUCCAUCUAAUGAAGAAUUCCGAAUAUUCACCUGAGUAUCUCAGAAAUAUAGGCUAUGGUAUCAUGAAUCGCGUUCGAAUGGUAUUACGCGAGAAUGAGGAAUACGUCGGUGACAAAAUCAAAUCGAAUAUCACAUUGAUUCGUCCCACAAUUAAAGUGGUCCUGGAUAUUGAGAACGAUUAUCAACUCAGUCAAUACAAUAACGGCCAUGUUAAUGUCAUCACCAUCGGAGGAAACCAUUUGUCCAUGCUGAAUAAUUUGCAACUGUAUGAAAUCAUUAACGACAUAUGCUUACGCCAAUAA